AUGGCUGAGGAGGGCAUUGCUGCUGGAGGUGUAAUGGACAACAACACUUUUCUACAGGAGGUGCUGAAGAUCGCCCUGGCAUGUGGCAUCCAUGAAGAUGCCAAAGCCUUAGACAAGCACCAAGCCCGUCUCUGUGUGCCCACAUCCAGCUGUGAUGAGCCUAUGUAUGUCAAGUUGGUGGAGGCACUUUGUGCUGAGCACCAAAUCAACAUGAUUAAGGUUGAUGGCAAGAAACCAGGGGAAUGGGUAGACCUCUGUAAAAGUGACCAAGAGGGGAAGCCACAGAAAGUGGUUGGUUGUAGUUGUGGAGUGGUUAAGGACUAUGGCAAAGAAUCUCAGGACAACGAUGUCAUCGAAGAGUACUUCAAAUGCAAGAAACGAAUAACAAAUACUUCCUGCAUGCUGCCUGUGGGCUACAUCCUGGGCAAGCACCAGGGGAGCCAUGGCAAACCAGCCGCAUAG